AUGAGCUCCCUCGCAGGUUCCUGGGUGACGCUGAUGAACUUGUGUGGGAGCCCGGCUUGUUGCGACCAGGGUGUCCUCAGACAAGUAUUCGACGCCUCCACCUGCGCGAACCACCUGGUGGAAACCGGCAUCGUCGUGCCGCUCGCCCUCGCGCUCCUGCCCCGGUUCGUCGUCCGACUCCCCGAGAGCAGAGCAUCCUCUGCACACCGGCGGCUUCUCAGGCCCUGUUCGCCGCUGCAGCUGGCAGCCGUGUCGUUCAAUGGCUGCUUGGGGUUGUUUCACCUCGUCCUAGGACUCUGGAUGCUGCUGGGGAGCAACUUCGACAACAAUCCAGAUGCCUCUACUUACCUGCCGCACUGGUGGUUUGUGACGCUGUCCCAGGGAUUUAGCUUGCUCCUUGCCGGCUUCGCUUUCUCCGCCGGGAGCCGGUUCCUCGGGCCGGCGUUCGCUCGGUCAUGGUCGGUCUUGCUGACCGUCUAUGCGGCGUUCGUCUCCUGUUCCUCGGUUGUCGCCAUUGUUGCGGAGAAGACGGUCACUGUUAAGGACUGCUUGGAUCUCCUGUCCCCGCCAGGCGCAGUUAUGUUUCUCAUCUACAGCAUCCAGAGCAGCCAUGACGAAGAGGGACAUGAAGAUGAAGGAUUAUACAAGCCACUGAAGACUGCUGAUACAGCUGACAGUGAUCAAUCUUCAGAGAGCACCCACCAGAAGGUGACUCCCUUUGCCAGAGCUGGUAUGUUGAGCCAGAUGACAUUCUGGUGGCUCAACCCUCUGAUGAAGACGGGCUACCAGAAGCCCCUCGACGACAAAGACAUGCCGCUAUUAGGCGCCGCAGACCGGGCACAGAGCCAGUACUCGAUGUUCUUGGAGAAGCUGACCAACAACAAGAAGAAGCAGACGUCACAUGAUGGCACACCACCAUCAAUCCUCUGGGCUAUCGCUUCUCAUCACAAGUGCGGGAUCAUGGUCUCGGGUCUCUUCGCCCUGCUCAAGGUGCUCACCUUGUCCACAGGCCCGCUGCUUCUGAGGGCAUUCAUCAACCUGUCAACCGGGAAAGUGACCCCUAAUUCCAAGCAUGAAGGCUAUAUGCUGGCCACGCUCAUGUUCAUCUGCAAAUGUUGCGAGUCGCUGUCGCAGAGGCAGUGGUACUUCCGCACGCGGAGGCUAGGGCUCCAGGUGAGGUCACUCCUCUCGGCGGCCAUCUACAGGAAGCAGCAGAAGCUAUCGAGCUCGGCGAAGAUGGCGCACUCCUCCGGGCAGAUCAUGAACUACCUCACCGUCGACGCGUACCGGGUCGGGGAGUUCCCGUACUGGUUCCACCAGACAUGGACGACGGUCGUCCAGCUCUGCAUCGCUCUGGCGAUCCUUUACAGCGCGGUCGGCGCCGCCAUGGUCUCGUCCCUGGUCGUCGUCGUCAUCACCGUGCUCUGCAACGCUCCGUUGGCCAAGCUGCAGCACAGGUUCCAGAGCAAGCUGAUGGAGGCGACGGACGCGAGGUUGAAGGCCAUGUCCGAGUCACUGGUGCACAUGAAGGUGUUGAAGCUCUAUGCGUGGGAAGCUCACUUCAGGAAGGCCAUUGAGGAGCUGAGGGAGGUCGAGUACAGGUGGCUGUCGGCGUUCCAGCUUAGCAGGGCGUACAACAGCGUCCUCUUCUGGUCAUCGCCUGUCUGGGUCUCGGCGGCGACAUUUCUGACAUGCUACUUUCUGGAGAUCCCUCUUGAUGCCAGCAACGUCUUCACCUUCAUCGCUACCCUGCGCCUGGUGCAGGACCCCAUUCGGGCCAUACCGGAGGUUCUUGGAGUCGUGGUGCAGGCUAAGGUUGCUUUCACUCGGAUAGAGAAGUUUCUAAGUGCACCUGAGCUGAAUGGACGAGCUAAGGAGAAAUGCUCCUCUGUGGGCAUCGGUUACCCGGUAGCGAUGAACUCGUGCGGGUUCUCGUGGUGCGAAGAUCCAUCAAAACUUAAUCUGAAGGAUGUAAAUUUGGUGGUUAAAGCAGGGGAGAAGGUUGCCAUUUGUGGAGAGGUUGGGUCAGGAAAGUCGACGCUUUUGGCUGCGAUACUCGGAGAGGUCCCGAGAACUCAAGGCACGGUUCAAGUCUGCGGGAAAAUAGCAUAUGUGUCACAGAACGCAUGGAUCCAAACAGGAACCGUGCAGGAGAAUAUCCUCUUCGGGUGUCGUAUGGACAGCCAAAGAUACCAGGAAACACUCGUGAGGUGCUCGCUGGUGAAGGACCUCGAGAUGUUGCCAUAUGGAGACGACACUCAGAUCGGGGAGAGGGGAGUGAACCUCAGUGGCGGUCAGAAGCAGCGCCUUCAGCUUGCUCGUGCGCUGUACCAAGACGCAGAUGUCUAUCUCCUCUAUGACCCUUUCAGCGCCGUCGAUGCCCAUACAGCAACCAGCCUCUUCAAUGAAUAUGUCAUGGGCGCUCUUUCAGACAAGACUGUUCUUUUGGUUACCCACCAAGUCGAUUUUCUACCCGUCUUCGACUCCAUUAUGCUGAUGUCAGACGGGGAGGUUAUUCGGUCGGCACCUUAUCGAGAUCUAUUCUCUGAUUGUCAAGAAUUCAAAGACCUUGUAAAUGCCCAUAAGGAUACUAUUGGGGUUUCAGAUGUUGAUAACAAUGUUGCUCCUCACAGAGCAAACGGAACAUCAACAAAGGAGAAGCAUAAUAUCUAUGGAAGUGGAUACACAAAGUCUGAGAAGCCAUCACCAGCACACCAACUGAUCAAGGAAGAGGAAAGAGAGACAGGAGACACUGGACUUAAGCCCUACAUGAUUUACCUGCGCCAGAACAGAGGCUUCAUGUAUGCCUCUCUGUGUGUCAUUUCUCACAUGAUCUUCAUAGCGGGGCAAAUAGCGCAGAACUCUUGGAUGGCGGCGAAUGUCCAAGAUCCCCGUGUCAGUACACUGAGGCUAAUCACGGUGUACAUUGUUAUCGGACUUUGCACGAUGUUGUUUUUGCUAUCAAGAUGUCUAUCGGUUGUUGUUCUCGGGGUCCAGACAUCGAGAUCCUUGUUUUCCCAGUUACUUGAUUCGUUGUUCCGUGCACCGAUGUCCUUUUAUGAUUCUACUCCUCUAGGGCGGGUCCUUAGCCGGGUCUCUUCCGAUUUGAGUACUGUCGACCUUGAUGUCCCAUUCGCGUUUAUGUUUAGCCUUAGCGCCAGCUUGAAUGGAUACAGCAAUCUGGGGGUAUUGGCUGUUGUUACAUGGCAAGUUCUAUUUGUGUCAGUGCCAAUGAUAGUUUUGUCAGUUAGGCUACAGAGAUAUUACUUAGCCUCUGCUAAGGAACUUAUGCGGAUCAAUGGCACUACCAAGUCCGCUCUAGCAAAUCACCUAGGCGAAUCGAUUUCAGGGGCUAUAACCAUAAGGGCCUUCGAGGAAGAAGAUCGUUUCUUUGAUAAAAAUUCUGAUCUUGUUGACAAGAAUGCUAUCCCAUACUUCUACAACUUUGCAACAACAGAAUGGCUGAUUCAACGCCUUGAAAUAAUGAGUGCUGCAGUCCUUUCUUUUUCUGCAUUUCUCAUAGUUCUUCUUCCUCCAGGAACUUUUAGCCCUGGUUUUGUGGGAAUGGCAUUGUCGUAUGGUCUUUCCCUAAAUAUGUCUUUUGUUUCCUCUAUUAGAAAGCAAUGCACCUUUGCGAAUCAAAUAAUAUCUGUGGAACGGGUGAACCAGUACAUGGACAUAAAAAGUGAAGCAGCAGAAGUCAUCGAAGAAAACCGGCCGGCACUAGAUUGGCCUCAAAUUGGUAGUGUGGAGAUUAGAGAUUUGAAGAUUAGGUACAGAAAGGAUGGUCCCCUUGUACUGCAUGGAAUCAGUUGCAAGUUUGAAGGUGGAGAUAAAAUUGGUAUAGUUGGUCGAACAGGAAGUGGGAAAACAACAUUAAUUGGCGCAUUGUUUCGUAUUGUCGAACCAUCUGGAGGGAAAAUAAUUAUUGACUCUUUGGAUAUCACUUCUAUUGGCUUACAUGACCUGCGUUCACGUUUGGGCAUCAUCCCACAAGAUCCGACACUUUUUCAGGGCACUGUAAGAUAUAAUCUAGAUCCUCUUGGGCAAUUCUCAGACCAACAAAUAUGGGAGGUUCUUGAUAAAUGUCAACUUCUCGAAGCUGUCCAGGAGAAAGAACAGGGAUUGGAUUCACUUGUCGCGGAAGACGGGUCGAACUGGAGCAUGGGCCAAAGGCAGCUCUUCUGUUUGGGGCGCGCACUUUUGAGAAGGUGUCGUAUCUUAGUUCUUGAUGAAGCCACGGCCUCUAUAGACAACGGAACAGAUGUUGUUCUUCAGAAGACUAUCCGAAAAGAAUUCAAACAAUGCACCGUUAUUACAGUGGCACACCGUAUACCGACAGUUAUGGACUGUGACAUGGUACUUGCAAUGAGCGACGGGAAAAUAAUGGAGUAUGACAGACCUACAAACCUAAUGGAAACCGAAGGAUCUUUCUUCCGUGAGCUGGUGAAGGAGUAUUGGUCAUACACAUCAAACGGAAAUAUAUAG